UUCCCAAUUUUAUUCGAAGCGAUGAGGAUUUUCAGGGGACCCCGCCGCACACGCGCUUUCGUCAUCACACAACUCGAACCCCAUUUUUAUACCGCCCGGCCUGCUUCGAAAUCGUCCUGCAACAUGAGCCUCUCUCUGUCCGGACUCUCAAACAAAGACUGGUAGGUGUCCUUCGCGAGGUUUUGACAAGUGCUUCUGCUUAUCUUUGCUUCUCAGUAGUUUGCGCAAGACGAGAUGUCGGGCGUUCCCGAUCUUACGUUCUACCACGACCUGCAGCGUCCCCGCGACGGUCCUGCGGGGAACAAAGGAAGCAAGGCGCAUGCUAAACCAACUACCUUAGCCGACCGCACCACAGCGAAAAAGGACGCCAAAGAGAAAAAAUCUAUCAGAAAGGCACGACCGAAAAGCUCUUCGAAGACUUCUUCGCCCGGAUCGCGAGUCAAAUCGCCGACAAGAGGCGGAUCAUCGUCUGAUCUCGACGCCAGCAACCAGAGCGCUACGGCAGUCCCGAAUCCCGACUAUGUGCAGGACAAUGCUUCCAGGGCUAUUUCUGCUGACAGAACGUCUAACAUCAUGCCAAAUGAGGAUAUGAAACCCAUCGACUGCGUCAAAUCUGAAGAAGGCAGACACGGCAAUUUCGGUCUGGCUGCAAUCAGUCGUUUACUUGUACCAGAGCAUUCUAGAGUUGUUCGACAAACCCUUCCUCGAAUGUAUCCCAUGAGCAAUACGCUUCAACUUCCGGUUUACAAACGCAGCAGAAUCCCAGUACCAUCAGACGCGUAUGCAAGAGCGUCUCCAUCGUCGACAGAAAGAGUAUCUGAGCCGUCCUUCGAGCUGUGCUUUCUGCGCCGCCAUACUGUCCAUUUGCUACAGCAAACGAGCGACAAAGAAUCUGAGAAGAAGAUCAAUAACUUUGAUGUUUUCAGAAAGUUACAGCAGGACAGGACGGGAUCAAAAGAUAUGUCAAGUUCGGAAGAAGCGUCAGAUGCAGACGUGUCAUCAGAGUCAACGAUCCAAGCCGACGAGCUCUCCUUUGUCUCUAUCCCCAAAGAUCGACUUCUUCGACCGCAAGACGAUGUAUCCGACUCCUACUCAAAAAUAAUGCUCUCGCCCGAAACGCAAAAUGACACUUCAGUCAAAGAUGAGCUCGACAGGGACAUCGAGCCUGACAACUUGGAAUGUUUAUUUCCAGGAUGCGGGAAGCAGGAGCGUCAUUAUCUACGCAAAUUUGUGCUUUCGGACGAGGCAUUCCAGUUUCUGAAAGAAAACAACAUUCAUGAAGGUUAUUUGUAUUACCAGGAGCAGUACAGAAACCAGUUCAAGACCCCCGAGGAAUUAGCUGCAGAGUCACGAGCAGCUAAAAAAUCAUCUGUUUCUUAUUCCGUUUUGGUUAGCAAUUGUCUAGUCCCACGACCUUUGACACUACAGUUAACAUCUGUUUCUUUACUUAUUUAGGUCCUCCUGUCGUUCUUGGUCCCCGCUCUAUCAAUGUUUCUUUUAUUCUCUGUGUAUUAUAUUGAGAUGCGCUAUGAAAUUCUCUCGGGAAGCAUUGCUCAUUUUCCAACUGUUUAGCUGAUUCAUUUGAAAGCAGCUAGCUGAUGCGAUCGCGAGUGCAGGAUAGUGGUUCUGCGUGUAUAUACUUUUGUUUUUUUCUGAAGUAUUUGUUUUGAGAUGCUUCCGAGCAGCUAGUUUUUUCACUGGUGACACCGACUGCCAGCGUCUCUGCGGGGGCCGAUGAGCUCGUGCGUAGGCGGGUUCAGACCGCUGUUGAUCUCCGCUGUUUGAAACGAGAAUACGUUACAGCGAGAAGAGUCAUUAAUCCUCUCUCUCCUCAACUGACACCACCUGGACUCUUCCCCUUCAAUAAAUCAGUAAAAGAAUUCAAU